AUCUCUCCCAGCGAUAUAAGGUGUCUCUAUGGAUGAGCCGCCCACCCUAGUGCAGCUGAACGUGGAGUCCAGGCAUCGUUGUAACUCCUUGACCGAGGAUCAUGAAGCAUCUUCUUCUUAUGACGUUGGCAGCCGCCAUUUGUAAUGUCGACGCAGGCACCAAGAAGCUGAUGAGGAUGAUGGCUAUGAACGGGAUGAUGAACGGAGCUAACCCCGCCAUGAUGGGAGGAGGAGGCUUCGCUCCCGGUAUGAUGGGAGGAGGAGGCUUCGCUCCCGGUAUGAUGGGAGGAGGAGGCUUCGCUCCCGGUAUGAUGGGAGUAGGAGGCUUCGCUCCCGGGAUGGUGGGAGGAGGAGGCUUCGCUCCCGGGAUGGUGGGAGGAGGAGGCUUCGCUCCCGGUAUGAUGGGAGGAGGAGGCUUCGCUCCCGGUAUGAUGGGAGGAGCAGGUGCUGGUUUUGCUGGCCAGCCAGUGGCCCAGAUUCAGACUCCACCUGAGAUGCAAACAACAGCCAUUCCCUGUGACGUCCACAAGGAGAACAACUAA